AUGGGAAGGAGACCAGAGGGUAAUAGUCCUUUAGACCUGAAUAACUUACCCGAAGACUGCACAAGAGAUCAUGGCAAACAAGUCACUGAGGAGGAGGAUUGCUCUUCUUCUGCUGGUGGUGCAGUGCUCGGGCAGCACAGAAAAAAGAAAAGCGGCGGCGGUAAGGAAGGCAGUGCCGACGAAGCUGCCGCCGGAAAAGUAUAUGAGUGCAGGUUUUGUUCCCUUAAGUUCUGCAAAUCUCAAGCCCUCGGCGGCCAUAUGAACCGCCAUCGCCAAGAAAGGGAGACAGAAACACUGAACAAGGCCCGUCAACUGGUGUUCAGCAACGACUUAGCGCCAACUCACUUGGGUUAUGUUUCGGGUGGGCAACCAAUUUCGCACAUGGUGGACGCGGGUUUGGGGUUCCGACCAAUGUACCCGACAACACGGCUAUUUCCGACCUCCCCACCGCCACCGCCACAGACGGCACCAUACAUGUACACAUCGCCGCCACCGCCGCCACCUCGUCUUUUGUCUUUCCAUACACAAUACCCACCGGCACCGGCACCGCCACUGCCACCGGCCACGACAAGUGAUUUCUUUCUUGGGCACGUCCUCUCGGAGGGAAACUACACUUGCAUCGGAGCUCCGGUGGGGCAAGACGGAGGAGGCAGCAGUGAUGGUGUUAGGGAUGUUACUUUAAACGGUACUCAAGGACUGAUGAGCUGGGGCAGGAGGUAA